AUGCUACACUAUAUUAUUAAAACGUCAAUGACUGCAUUUUUGAGUUUGUCAGAGAAAGUUUGGUGAAGUCCUUGUACUGUUUAGCGGAGAAAAGUAAAUGCCAAUGGAUGAUUUUCAGAAAGUAGAGAAAAUAGGAGAAGGGACAUAUGGGGUUGUGUAUAAAGCUAGAAACAAAGUUACAGGGGAACUGGUAGCCCUCAAAAAAAUACGGUUAGAUGCAGAAACAGAAGGUGUGCCAAGCACUGCAAUUAGAGAGAUCUCCCUUUUGAAAGAACUGAACCACCAUAACAUUGUUAAACUCCUAGAUGUUAUCUAUGGCGAAAAGAAGCUUUAUCUAGUAUUUGAAUUCCUGAAUCAGGACCUUAAAAAAUACAUGGACUGUUCUCAAUCUGUAGGACUUCCAUUACCAUUAGUCAAGAGCUACCUUUUUCAAUUGCUUCAAGGAGUGUCCUUCUGUCAUUCUCAUAGAGUUAUUCAUCGUGACUUAAAACCUCAGAAUUUGCUCAUUAAUGAGGCUGGGGCAAUCAAGCUGGCAGACUUUGGGCUGGCAAGGGCUUUUGGUGUUCCACUACGUACCUACACUCAUGAGGUAGUAACUUUAUGGUAUCGAGCACCUGAAAUAUUAUUGGGAUGUAAAUUCUACUCCACAGCUGUGGACGUAUGGAGUAUUGGCUGCAUAUUUGCAGAAAUGGUUACAGGAAGACCUGUAUUUCCAGGAGAUUCUGAAAUAGAUCAGCUUUUUCGAAUCUUCCGAACCCUUGGUACUCCAGAUGAAUCAGUUUGGUCUGGAGUCUCUCACCUUCCAGAUUACAAGCCCGAUUUCCCAAACUGGUGCAAACAAGACAUCAACAAAGUUGUUCCCAACUUGGAUCCAGAAGGAAAGGACUUAUUAUUGCAGUUGCUGCAGUAUGAUCCAAACCAAAGAAUUUCGGCAAAGGCAGCUCUAAGUCAUCGAUAUUUCUGGAAUGUUGUGAUACAUCUGCCAAGUUUUCAGACUUGAUUUGGGAGACUUUUACUGGCAGCAUGAAGCAAGCAUAGUAACAAGUGGCAUAAUGUCUCAGUUUUUUUUCUUCUGUGUAAUUAAUAGAUUCCUUUUCUUAAAACUGAGUUAGAC